AUGAACGACGUCAGGUGGGAAGAGCACAUCUUGACGAGCUUGCACAUGCUAACGUUCAUGAAGCAGCACUACAAGGACUCGCUCCAAACCUACACCGCAGCCAAGCUGGAUACACGUUUCUUCUGCGGCUGUGCCAAGGAUUCGGAAAACGAUACAACUUCAGCCAGCGCGUACCCACUCACACGAAGCUCGCCGAACUCGAAAUGA